AAUGGCGUAGUCUCCAUCUCAUUUGGCUCUAAAAACAAACUUGGGACAAAACUGUUCUUGCAAGAAUCGACGAUUGUGAGCCACAAGCUGAAGGUCACCUGCCUAAGGUUACCUGGCUCCAGAACCUGCAUUCAGAUGUUACUUAUCGCUGGAUGUAGAAUUGUGCCUUUUUACAACUUGCCGAUCAAAUCUCAAGCUCUCUGGCAGAAAAACACUCAGUACUGGAAAAUCCAAAUCACAACAUGCGUGUGACAUGCAGUGAAUUUUACAGUAAUUGGCUUCCAGGUAGAACAUGAUCUCACAUAUUUAGGGUUUCUAGCUUCACCGGGGUUCUCUCAAAUGGAAACUGUAUCAGUCCCCUCGAAGUGUUUUGGUAUUCCUGGCUUAAGCGAGGAGACCUCACAGUGGAUGGAUAUUGUUCAUGCUAGCCAAAGGGCGGUCCGUAUGGGACUGUGUUGCCCUGCCGUGUCUAGUUACCGCUUCCAUCUCCUAUGCCUGCAGUCGCGGUUACUGUUCCCCACCGCUGGCAUUUCAGUUCGUUAUGGUGGUGGUAGAAUUGGUUGCAAUGGUGGAGGUACUUUGAAGCUCUUGAAUGGGGUGGAUAAUGAAGUACAUCGUACAAUUGCUGGUCGUUUUGAGGCCCUGGGAGGCAAUGGGGUGAGGCUGUUGCGGUCCGAAGUGGGGUUGGGAAUUCGGCCCUCAUUUCGGAGCUCCAGUAAUCGAAUUUGGGCGGUGGGUGGGGAGCAUGUGGAGAAAGGGUUUUCCAAUGCGGGCUUUGACACAGAAGAGUUUCCUUCGAGUAGUUUUACCAACGAGAAUCAAUCUGUAAGUUUUAUUGAGGAAGACCAGGCUGGAAGCUGUCCUGUGAGAGUUGCAGUGAAGCAGAAUUUUAAUAAAUCCGGGUCUAGUUACGAAAUCUCUACAAACACAGAGAGCUGUCAGUACACCAAUAAACGCACACAGCGAUUCCAAGGCCGCACCAACAGUUCUAGCAGUGAAACACCAAGACCCUCCGCGCCUCUGCAGGGCGCAGUUUCAAUUGACCGCCAGUCGGAGAAACGUGAUCCCAAGAUGCCGAAUGCCAAGCGAGCUGCUCCCUAUGACCAGCAAAAUGGGGACGAUCGCAAUCACAAGAAGAAGAAGGACUCAGCAGAGUCGGAGCUGCGUAGGUCUAUUGACAUGUGCUCUAAGUUUGCCGAUGUCAUGGGUGCUAUAGAAAUUUACGACAAGGUAGUUGCUGAAGGAAAAGUAGCGUUCAAUCAGUACACCUACAAUGUGCUCCUGUAUUUAUGUUCAUCUGCAGCGACGGGUUCGUUAAGACCUGGAAAGAGUGGUACCAUCGACAAGCAGCAGAAGAGCAGUGUGCAAGGGAAGCAGAACAAUCCUGUCAAUGACAAACUUGAUGACUCGAAGGGUGAGGCGCUGAAUGAAACUUCUGAAGAGGUUGUGGUAACAGACGAAGAGAGGCGGUUGUGUCUUGAACGAGGCUUCGUGAUCUAUGAGGCUAUGAAGCUCCAAGAGGUGCCUCCGAAUGAAGCAACGUUCACUGCGGUUGCACGCCUUGCGGUUGCCAAGGAAGAUGGGGAUCUUGCUUUUGACAUGGUUAAGCAAAUGGCAAAUGCUAAGCUUUCUCCUAGACUGAGGUCAUAUAGUCCUGCGCUUCACAUCUACUGUAAGUUAAAGAACUUUGAGAAGGCCUUCGAAGUUGAGGAGCACAUGCUAGCAGCUGGGGUUCAGGCUGAAGAAAGCGAAUUGGAGGCGCUUCUACAGUUGGCAACUGAUUUUGGACUUGAAUACAAAGUCUAUUCUCUGUUGCAUCGUAUUCGGACCACAGUUCGGGGGCUUUCGCCCUCGUGUGCAGGUGUGGUUCAGCAGUGGUUUGAAAGCAGCCCUGCUGCAAGUGCCGGGAAGUCCAACUGGGAUAGUCUACCUAGCCCAAAGACUGUGAAAGCAGCUUAUGAAAGUCGCGGAGGCGGGUGGCACGGGCUUGGAUGGCUUGGACGUGGCAACUGGGAGGUUAAGUCAAGUGUAUUGGAUACUGGUGGUGUUUGUCAGGAAUGUGGGCAGCAGCUUGUCACAAUUGAUAUUGACCCAAACGAGACAGAAAUGUUUGCCAAGUCCCUAUCAGAACUGGCUUGCCAGCGAGAGGGCAAAAAUAACGAGUUCAAAAAGUUUCAGGCAUGGCUCAAUCGCCAUGGACCCUUCGAUGCUAUUGUGGAUGGGGCUAAUGUUGGGCUGUUUAAUCAAAACUUCGUCGACGGAGGAUUUAAUUUUCAUCAGCUGAACUCCGUGGUGAAAGGGAUUAAAGAGAAGAUUGGUUCGAAAAGGAAUCCACUCAUUUUGUUGCACCAUAGACGAACCAGAGGGGGACCGGCAAAUUCCCCUCACGCCAUAAAAAUGCUCAAAAGAUGGCAGGAGGCGCAUGCGAUCUUUACCACACCGACAGGAUCAAACGAUGACUGGUAUUGGCUAUACGCUGCAGUACAGUAUAAGUGCGUUCUUGUGACUAAUGACGAGAUGCGGGAUCACUUAUUUCAUUUGCUUGGCAACGACUUCUUCCCCAAGUGGAAAGAACGCCAUCAGGUUCGAUUUUCAAUGAGCAAGGAGGGCCCAGUUUAUCACAUGCCGCCACCUUAUUCUAUAUUAAUUCAGGAAUCCGUGAGCGGGUCCUGGCAUAUUCCAAAAAGUGGCAAUGAUGUCUCUCAACCUGGGGAAUGGUUGUGUGUGACACGACCCGGUCAUGCGAAAGCCGAUGACAUGAAAGAAGAAAAACUCAAAGAGUAGGACUAUUUACGAACCUAUCGACCUUGAAAGAUGCAAUUCUUGCUCAAGUAGCAUGCGGGAGUACAGGAGCUAAGGCACUACAGAUGCAAUUUCUGGCAUUUAUAUUCAAUUUGAUUACCACAUUCUUUAUUGACUCAUGAUCAAUUGUGGCAUCGAAAUUAGGAAAACACAUAGAAGAGCUUUGUGGAGGAUAUCUGGAGUUUUUCUUCACGAAAUAGAAUCCCAUUAUGAACCAUGAGAGUAAGGAAAACGGAAAUUAGCAUUAAGACGGUAGAAGCAUUAGUUUUUCGAUUUAGAAUGUCGGUUUUUGUGAGGUCUUGUGCUUGAAUGGUGCCAGGCCCCACCUUAUCACCUCAUGCAAUUUACGACAGUAAAUUAUCUGCUUUCCCAGUGCGUGUUUUCAAUUA